UAUAAUCAAUUUAUAAUGAUUUAUAGCAUUCCGUAAUUCCGUUGGUUCUGCCACCGCCGAUUUUAAAUGCCGACCUCUUCUCGGCGGUGUUAUUGGUCCUUCAUUCACUUAGGAUCCGGAAACUCUCAGAAUACGCGGGAGAUUCAAUUCCCAAGAAAAGGGAUGGCGGCGUUUUGGAUCAGCCGUAGUUCUCGCAGGUUACGAUCCUCUCCGUUGUCUUACUCACUCAUUCAAUCCUUCUCCGAUCCCAUCUUCUCUUCGAAAACUCCCACUCCUUCAGAACCCUUCCACGAACCUUCAGUUUUUCCUAAAACCCUAGAAGCCAGAUAUAAGAGCAACAUUGGUUCUGGAUUUUACUCCGGGAAAUCCUACCGUUUCAAUUCGAAUCUUUCCAGUUUUUCCGUUGCUACCAUUUCUACAUCUUCUGGUGUAGUAGAGGGCACAAAAAAUGGUGGGAAUUGUCCCGGGGAGCAGGAAAGAUCGAAAUCCCAGGUGUCUUGGAUCGAUUUGUAUCUUCCUAAGGCUGUGCGUCCCUAUGCUCACCUUGCUCGAUUGGACAAGCCGAUUGGGACCUGGUUACUUGCUUGGCCAUGUAUGUGGUCAAUUACCUUGGCAGCAUCCCCUGGGAGCCUUCCCGAUUUUAAGAUGAUGUCACUGUUUGGUUGUGGAGCAUUGCUUUUGAGAGGUGCUGGAUGUACAGUCAACGACCUUCUUGACUCUGAUAUUGACAAAAAGGUUGAGCGCACGAAGUCGAGACCAGUUGCUAGUGGUCUUUUGACACCAUUUCAGGGUCUUAGCUUUCUUGGCGUUCAGCUUUUGUUGGGUCUUGGAAUUCUCAUUCAAUUGAAUAAUUAUAGCAUUGUCCUGGGGGCAUCUUCUUUGCUGCUAGUUUUUUCCUAUCCCCUUAUGAAGAGGCUGACCUUUUGGCCUCAAGCAUAUUUAGGUUUAACCUUUAACUGGGGAGCUUUAUUAGGAUGGGCUGCGGUCAAAGGAAGUUUAGAUCCAGCUAUUGCUCUCCCAUUGUAUAUUUCUGGAGUUUGUUGGACACUUGUUUACGACACAAUUUAUGCACAUCAGGACAAAGAAGAUGACUUGAAGGUGGGUGUUAAAUCCACAGCGUUGAGGUUUGGGGAUUUGACAAAGAACUGGGUUUCUGGAUUUGCAAUUGCAUGUAUUAGUAGUCUUGCUCUUUGUGGAUUUAAUGCAGAUUUGGGUAUUUUCUUGCUUCUGGCCUUCCAUGUUUGCUGGCCUUGGCUGAUAAUGAUUCUGACUUUCAUAACUAUAUUUUGUUGUACAGGAUGGCCAUACUAUGCCUCUCUGAUGGCUGCAUCUGGACAAUUGGCAUGGCAGAUUUGGACAGUUGACCUGUCAAGUCGUGCUGACUGCAGUAGGAAGUUUGUGUCAAAUAAGUGGUUUGGAGCUAUUGUCUUCAGCGGGAUCCUAGUUGGAAGACUAACAUCAUGAGAGCACAGGCUUUGAGUUGAAGAAUCAAGGAUCAUGCUAUAAAAGAUGGGUACCCAUUGCACUGCACAUUUACAAUUCUUUAAUGUCAGUUUCUAUGAAUCUCCCUAAUCUCUGCCAUGGAGUCGGUGCUUUGCCUAUCUGGAUUGACAUCGACUGACAUGCAAACAAAAAAUAUGGAUUUGAUACUGAAGUUCGGUGGAAUGGAGUUGCUACUUAGAAGAGUAUACCAACCUUCCUUUCUGAAGUUGGACCAUCGAAGAAAGCAAGGAUGGUUGUAUAUUUUUUUUGGGUGAAUGUAUAAUUUUUUUUUUUUUGAAUGCAUCAGCCUGGAGCCGAGAGGAUGGUUGUAUUGUUGUUUCUUCACUCCCCAUGUUUUUUUUCUCCCUCAAUCGCGGGUGCAUUGAUGUUGCCAUUUUGACCUGAAACAACUCACUGUGGAACGAGUGUAAAUUUAUUGAAGCAGUUGCUAACACAGAUUACAUAUUUAAAUAGUAAUGCUGAAAAAAUUGUUACA